AUGUGCUUGAAAGCUGUUGAGAUGUUAAAGAGGAACUUAAUUGAGGCUCCCAUCUUAAUUGCUCCUGAUUUGGGACUACCAUUUGAACUCAUGUGUGAUGCAAUCGACGUAGCAGUGGGUGUAGUGUUGGGACAAAGAAAGAAUAAAGUGUUCCACUCGAUCUAUUAUGCAAGCAAGACCCUUGACUCUACACAAGCUAAUUACACAAUGACUGAGAAGGAGAUGUUGGCUCUAGUGUUCGCCUUCGACAUGUUCAGAUCGUAUUUGAUAGGUACUAAAGUGAUUGUUUUUACUGACCAUGCAGCUAUUAGGUACCUAUUUAACAAGAAGGAUGCUAAACCAAGGCUCAUUCAAUGGAUAUUGCUUCCCCAAGAAUUUGACCUUGAGGUCAAAAGACAGGAAAGGUUGGGUUCUAUUUCAAGAAGACAUCAGAUGUCGCUUAGUAACAUUUUGGAGGUGGAAAUCUUUGAUGUGUGGGGUAUCUACUUCAUUGGUCCCUUCCCACUAUCUAGUGGAAACCAAUACAUUCUUAUGGUUGUGGAUUAUGUUAGUAAAUGGGUGGAUGUUGUCACUCUUCCUUCCAAUGAUUCAAGGGUGGUGAUAAAGUUCAUCAAGAAGCACAUCUUUACUCGCUUUGGCACUCCAAGGGCAAUUAUAAGUGAUGGAGGUAAGCAUUUCAUUAACCAUAUUGUUAAGAAUCUUCUUGCUAAGUAUGGUAUUCUUCAUAAGGUUGCUACAGCUUACCAUCCUCAAAUGAGUGGCGAAGUGGAGGUUUUGAACAAAGAGGUGAAGCAAAUUUUGCAGAAAACGGUGUGCGCAAAGGAAAAAUUGGUCUGA